AAACGAUUAAAAAAGAAGAAUAAGCCAGUAGAGAAGAAGAGUAUAUCGCCACCUCCAUUGCCUCACGAUGCACAGAAUGACGAGAGAGACCUUGCAACAGAAGUAGAUCACAAGGAGGAGGAAAUCAACGUCGAAGAACUCCCAGAAGAGUUCAAGAAGAUAUUCGAGAAGUUCCAGCCUGUAGAGGAAGAGAAAACUGAAGAUGCUAUGAAGAAUGAGUGGCUAUACAGCGACGAUGAUGAGGAUGAAGACAACGCCGCUAAGGAGGAGGAGCAGCUAUCAAAGAAGAAGCUACGUAGGAUAAAUAGGCUGAGCGUUGCAGAGUUGAAGUCACUAGUAGCCAAACCGGAAAUAGUAGAGGCAGUCGAUACAACAUCCCGUGACCCACGUCUACUAGUCCAUUUGAAGUCAUACAAAAACACUAUCCCGGUACCGUCACAUUGGUCUCAGAAGAGAGGCUUUUUAGAAGGCAAGAAGGGUAUAGAAAAGCCAUCAUUCCAGCUGCCAUCAUACAUCGCAGAUACAGGUAUAGGCGUACAACAAGAUGCCGUUAAAGAGCGCGAAGCUGAAAUGUCAUUGAAGCAGAAGACCAGACAGAGAGUACAACCACGUAUGGGUAAAAUGGACAUUGAUUAUCAAAAACUGCACGACGCAUUCUUCAAAUUCCAGACUAAACCACCAAUGUCCGACUACGGAGAGACCUACUAUGAAGGAAAAGAGUUUGAAACAUACGUAAAGGAGAGGAAGCCUGGUGAGAUAUCUACAGAGCUAAAAGAAGCGCUCUCUAUCCCUCCAUUGGCACCACCGCCAUGGUUGAUUGCGAUGCAAAGGUAUGGCCCACCGCCAAGUUAUCCAAAUUUGAAGAUUCCUGGAUUGAAUUACCCAAUUCCAGAAGGUGCACAAUGGGGUUUCCAUCCAGGUGGAUGGGGAAAGCCACCUACAGAUGAAUAUAACAGACCACUUUAUGGUGAUGUCUUUGGUGUUAUUCCAAAGUACAACCCAGAUGCAGCUGAAGAGAUUGAUAAAUCACUCUGGGGAGAAAUACUAUCAGAUGAAGAGCAAGAAGAUUCAUCAGAAGAGGAAAGUGAAAGUGAAGAAGAGGAAGAAGAGGGUGCAGAUGAAGGAGUUGAAGAAAUGGAUGAAGAGGCGAUGGAUGGUAUGGAAACGCCGUCUGGAAUGGCGAGUGUAGCAACGAGUGUACCUGGUGGUGGAUUAGAGACACCAGCGUUCACAGACAUCAGAAAGGGCGGUAGAUCAGGUGCAGAGUCGGUCGUUGAUAGCAAACCAAGGGAGUUGUAUCAAGUCAUACCAGAAAAGCAGACAUCUGUUGAUGGAUUGAUGGGCUCAGAAAGAGGAUAUGACUUCCAGACGCUCGGAGAAGAGAGCAAUAAUACAAGGAAACGCAAGACGGGUGAUGUAGAGCUCGCUAUUGACCCAGAAGAACUUGCGAACAUGACAAGUGAGGAGAUCAAGCAAGCGUAUGAAGAGCAAAGACGGAGUUCAACGAAUAGGGUACACGUACCAGGUGCAGAUCGCGCAGAAGACUUCACAGAUAUACUCCAAGAAGAGCAAGGCAAGAGGCAGAAACGGGAGGAACGUCGAAGGGCAGACAAAGAGACGAGCAAUAAGGAGAAGUUUAAGUUUUGAUUGUAGAACCUCACGUGAUAAUUCUUUAUAUUUG